CAGCAUUAGAAGGAGCUGUGGCAAAAGAGGCCAGAGAGGUGGGAGGAGGGAGAGAGAGGGAUUGCCUCAGGCUAAGAGGAGCUGAUAUCAUAAUUAUUGGCUUGCCUAGCCAGCUGCCUUCCCUCACCUGAUGUAAGAUCAGAUCUUUCCAGCCUUUGGGAGUCUCAGCACUGCUGAGCCUCCACUCUUUCCUACAAGGCUGUUUGCAUGACCUAAUCCCAUCCUGGAGCAGCAGCACGCUGUUUUGCUUCAGUAGAAAGAUUAUGUUUAAAAACCCUACAAAAUGAAAGGCAAAAAAAUUGCACCAGUACGCAGUUCAAGUUGCUCAGUCAAAAUUAUAAAAAGUUACAUCUCAUCAAACUGACUUCUUGGAAUCAAGUUACUUCUCAUCCUGUAUCAGUCUUACUGAGAGAGUCUGUCAAACGACUUCUUAAACACAGUAUCACCAGGACUUCAGGGUAGCUGGACCAAUGCUUCUAAUCAGAUUCUGAAUUUUUGGUCCACAACAUGAGGAUUUUUACCAGGCUGGGACUUGGUAAUGGUUUCAUUGCUUGAAGAUCAACCUAAUAUUAAGUUCUCUUCUUCGGACACUCUGGAGAGUGACCAACAAGACAACCUCAUGCAGACACAAGGGGACCCAAGCUCCCCCACUCAGCAAACUGAUAAUCCCAGUUUCAGUUGCCAGUCGUAUAAUCCAGACAGCAGGACAGAAAGAAAGAGUUCAGAAUCUUCUCACAGCCCAAGCCCCUCUUCUCCAACCCAGGAUCAAAUCCAUGGGAGAUUUCCUGCAAACCAAGGAAUUCACUCUGGCAAGUGCAAAUUUAAAGUCUCUCCCAAUGCUGAGAAAUUCAGAAGGUAUAGCUAUGAGGAAAGCACAGCAGGAAACUACGGCAGGUUCCUCAAGAGCAACAGGAACCCCUUCCAUCCUUAUAAGAGGGAGUUCAGUGAAGAUGUCUUCCAAGAAACUCAUCCAGCCCUCACACUGGAUAGUAAUUCCUUCAAAAAUGCAAGAAGCGUUGAGGGUUUUGAAGAGCUACCAGGAUCUACAGGCACUGGAGAGCCAGAGUCCUUUCCCACACAUAUUCAGAACAUUUCCACAGAACCAACAUGGUGCAACAAUCACCAAUACAACCUCACAGGCCAAGAUCACAGUUCCCAAGUCAUGCGAGAUUCAGAGGUCAAGCUUAAGACACCUCCACUGGAAGGGCAGCCCAGUCUGUACUGUUACCAGCCUCCAGUGCAGCAAAUGUACUGCCCCUCACACCCAUUUCACCAGUAUUCCUCAGGAGGCAGUUAUCCUGUAACCUAUAUUACCUCAUCACACUAUCCUUACCAGAGAAUCGCUCCUCAAGGGAGUCAAGAAUCCCAGCAGCCUCUGUUUCCUAAACCCAUCUACUCCUACAGCAUCCUGAUCUUCAUGGCGCUCAAAAACAGUAAAACAGGGAGUCUCCCGGUCAGUGAGAUUUACAAUUUCAUGACGGAACACUUUCCUUACUUCAAGACAGCUCCAGACGGUUGGAAGAACUCUGUACGCCAUAACUUAUCCUUGAACAAAUGCUUUGAGAAAGUUGAAAACAAGUCAGGUGGCUCUUCUCGGAAAGGCUGUUUGUGGGCACUGAAUCCAGCCAAAAUUGAUAAGAUGCAGGAAGAGCUUCAGAAAUGGAAAAGGAAAGAUCCAGUUGCUGUGAGGAAGAGUAUGGCAAAGCCAGAAGAACUUGACACAUUGAUAGGAGAUAAGGCUGAAAAAUUAAGAUCUUCAACGGUGUCCUGCAAUCCAACUGGUGUGGCAAGUUCAACAGUUUCCAGACAGAUGUCAGUCCAGCCCCAUUCUAUGUCUGAGCCAUCCCUGUCGUCUAAUAUCCCACAGCCUUUACACGCUAUUCAUACAACAGGACCUCUACGUGCCAAGAACCCACUACCAAGUUUGCUUGGGGGACACCAAACUCCAUGUUAUACAUCGCCACAGGUUUUCCCUCAGAUCUCACCUACCUUAAUGCAACAAUCACCUGGUAUCCCUCAGAGCAUCUUCCCUUCUGCAGAUACGCAAAUUGAACUCAGAGCACAACCUAGCACCACCCAAGACUCACCCUUGCCAGCCCAGACCCCUCCCAUACAUGGUAUGAAGAUGUUGACAGAGCACUCCACAGCCAAGACAAUGCAGGACACACUCAUGCAAGAAGCAGACAUGAGCAAUGAUAUUGAUGCUCUUAACCCUUCCCUGAUUGACUUUGAUCUGCAAGGAAAUCUUUGGGAAGAACUGAAAGAUGACAGCCUGGCUGUGGAUCCCUUGGUUCUCAUUUCAACAUCCCCAAUAUCCUCUCAGUGCUUCCCUUCUCACUAUCAGAUGGAUAGUAACAGCAGCAGCAGCAAUAACCUCACCACUCAGAAUAACACUCCACAUAGCAGCUUACCUGACUUACAACUCACUACUCUUUACUCCGCCUUUAUGGAAUUGGAUACAGUGUCCACAGCCUACUUGAAUAAUUCUGGAUCCAAGCCUAUAGCACUAGUGUGAACCACAAAACAACCCAGUUACAUUAUUUUUGUCCCAAUACAGUCUUAAUAGUCAUACUGUUUUACUUACUUUUAGCACCUUCGGGUAAAAUAAAUCAGAACUGUGUCCAUUUGAAUAAGAACUAUCUGCAGGAAAUUCAAAACCGCUCUCAUACUAUUGGUAGCGUAUAUUUUUAAAUGUUGAAAAAAAUAUGGCUUACUAGCUUAAAGCCAAAGUGAUGUUGACCAAUACAGACAUUAAUAGCUUAAUCAAGCCACCCAUCUUUUGUAUUUUCAUAAACCAAAUGAGCAC